AUGCAGCAGAAAAUGAUUGACAAAAAGGAAAAAGAGAGUUAUUUGAAGCUGAUCAAACAGCUCGAAGAAGAGAACGAAGAGCUUUAUAGACACAACGUCCAGUUGACAAGGCGAUUACAGGAGAAAAAGCCAGAGAAAGAGCUUUUGGGAGGAUUCGACAAGGCAUUUGACAAGCUUGGGCUACAGGCGCCCCCGUUUUCAUGCGCUAGAAAAUUAUUGAACGCACUGACGGAAAAGAUUACCAUGCUUAUUUUGGAAGAAAAGAUCAACCAAAAUAGGCGUCUGAAACUGGAGAAAACAAUAGAAUUAUUAAAUGAAAGAAAUAAAAGUCUUUUCCAAGAAAUAAAAAAAAUCAAGGAAGAACACUUGGAGGAGCAAAACGACUUGAUGCACAUGGCAAACGAGGCUCAACGAGAAAACAGAAUUCUGAAGACGAAAUGUCGCGAGCUUCAGCACCAAGUUGACGAGGUCGAGGAAGAUCUACAGACGACGGAAGAAGAGACUCUUCGGAUGGAAGUCAAGUUCAGAAAAGAACAAAAAAUUAUGAGACGAAACUCGGAGAUUCUUCAGAACACGGCCAGAUUAAAAAUACUUCAACUGGAACAGCGACUCAAAGGCCCCUUUGAAGAAAAAAGACAGCGAAGAAACUCGCGAUAG